AGCAUCAGAUGCGGGCUGAUACGUGCAGAGGCUCGGGCUGAACUCACCUCUCCACUCCGCUGCUUCACACGGGCUGAAAUCCGAUGUUUGUUUUUUUUAAUUCUACCACCUAUGCGACAAUAAUAAUUCCCUCCUUUCACCUUCUGCAAAAUCAAACCCACUGACGCACCUUUUGUUGCGUUCAUCAUUAUCAUAAGAGCAGUGAGGAAGCGCGUCCGCACCGGGCACCUCUAAUAAUUCUCCAAAAAAAGGAACAGCUGAUACGGAGCUCACAGCUUGGCAGUUUACAGAGUUGACAAGAGCUUCUCCAGGACCAGGACCUUGUGGAAACAAGAUGGAAGGAUUCCUCAUAUCUCUGAUGAAGUAGAGCCCUCACUAGCACACGCCCACCCUCCAUUUCCUCCUCCCCCACUUUCAAAGGGUUGCAGAAUGGAUGAGCAAAGAUGCCCCCUCCCUCCGCCCCUCAAAACAGAAGAGGACUACAUCCCUUAUCCCAGCGUCCACGAGGUUCUGGGUCGCACGAGCCCCUUUCCACUCAUCCUGCUGCCCCAGUUUGGCGGUUACUGGAUCGAGGGGACCAAUCAUGAGCCUAAAGACCCACCAGAGGCCGAUCAACCCCCCUGUCCUACCUCCCACGUCAAAUUGGAGACGAACAGCCUCGCCAAGAUCUACAGGAAGCAAUUCAUGGGCAAGGAACACUUUAAUUAUUACACCAUGGAUGCUGCCCUGGGCCACUUGGUCUUUUCCAUGAAGUAUGAUGUCAUUGGGGAUCAAGAGCAUCUGCGUUUGAUGCUUCGCACUAAGCUAAAAACCCACCACGAUGUGAUCCCUAUUUCCUGCCUUACCGAGUUCCCCAACGUGGUUCAGAUGGCCAAGCUUGUUUGUGAAGAAGUAAACGUGGACAGGUUUUAUCCGGUCCUCUACCCAAAGGCAUCAAGGCUCAUUGUCACCUUUGACGAGCAUGUGAUCAGCAACAACUUCAAGUUUGGGGUUAUUUAUCAGAAGUUUGGCCAGACAUCAGAGGAGGAGCUGUUUGGGAACAUGGAAGAAAGUCCCUCCUUUGUGGAGUUCUUGGAGUUUCUGGGCCACAAGAUUGAGCUUCAUGACUUUAAAGGGUUUCGGGGUGGACUGGAUGUCACUCAUGGGCAGACAGGAACAGAAUCCGUCUACACAAAUUUCCAUAAUAAGGAGAUUAUGUUCCAUGUGUCCACCAAGCUGCCUUACACAGAGGGAGACUCACAGCAGCUGCAGAGGAAGAGACACAUAGGCAAUGACAUCGUAGCCAUCGUGUUCCAGGAGGAGAACACGCCCUUUGUACCAGACAUGAUCCAGUCCAACUUCCUGCAUGCGUAUGUGGUGGUGCAGGUGGAGAACGCGUGUACAGACAACGUCACCUACAAGGUGUCUGUGACAGCGCGGGAUGAUGUACCUUUCUUUGGCCCUGCACUGCCUGACCCUGCAAUCUUCAAAAAGGGCCCAGAGUUCCGAGAGUUCCUCUUCACCAAGCUCAUCAAUGCAGAGUACGCCUGCUACAAGGCUGAGAAGUUUGCCAAGCUUGAGGAGCGCACACGUUCAGCCCUGCUGGAGACUCUAUAUGAGGAGCUGCACAUCAACAGCCAGUCCAUGAUGGGUUUGGGUGGUGACGACGAUAAGCUGGAGAACGGGGCCGGAGGAGGAGGAGGAGGCUUCUUUGAAUCCUUCAAGCGGGUCAUCCGCAGCAGAAGCCAGUCUAUGGACGCCAUGGGCCUCAGUAACAAGAAGUCACACACAGUCUCCACUAGUCACAGUGGCAGCUUUACCCACAAUCCCGCAGAGAGCCCCAAAACCCCAGGGAUUUCAUUGAUCAUUCCUGGGAAAAGCCCGACCAGGAAAAAGUCGGGGCCCUUCAGCUCCCGCCGCAGCAGCGCCAUUGGCAUCGAGAACAUCCAGGAGGUCCAAGAGAGGAGCCGAGAGGUGUCACCCAGCACCCAGAGGACACUGGAGGGUGGCCACUUUUCGCAGGAGAACAAAUCGGACAACUCCUCCAGUCACAGCUCUCCGGAAUUCCCUGCUACUAAGAACAGUUUGGCGAUGUGUUGCAGGGCGCCGUCCAUCCCCGAGGCUCAGGACCUUUCCCGCUCCUCCUCCAACGCCAGCAGCUUUGCCAGCGUAGUGGAGGAGCACGAGGCAGAGGAGGAGUACGAAACCGGACUGGAAAGUGUGUCUUGUGUUACACCACUCAAAGGAGAAUCAUUUGUGUACAGCUCUGCGGCGGAGGACAGUGCAUGCAGUGCCAACCAGGGAAGUUUUCCAGCAGCUUCUCAUCUUCAGCAGCAGGCGGACGGAGUGAAGACAUCAGAGCCAAAAGGGACAGACAGCCGGCCCAAGACAGAGCGCCCCUCGCAGGAGCACAAGUUCUCAUCGAACUGUUAGCCACGCUCCUGCUCACUACAUCGAUGCCCAUCUUCAGCAUUCCCAUAAGAGGCAUAUCUUGCCAAAAACGAGCCAAGGCCAUGUGAACUCCACCACUGACGCAGAAGAGGAGCAGAGUUAGAAGCCAGAUUCUCGAUCUGGCUCACAGAUCUCCCUUUGAAUAUUUGGCAUGGACCUGCUGCCUGUCAUGACAGACACCCAGCUCCAUGGACAUGUAUCUACCUAUUGCCCUCAUUCCAGCUUCACACGGAACCCUCCUUGAAUGCUCUAGGCAAAGGAAAAGAGACCUCCGCACCCAUGCAGCACCACUACUGACUGUCGUCUAUCGGCCGGCUUAGCAGAAUAAGUCAGACUACCUGCUCAUUCUUCAGGCCAGUAAGCUCUGAAUCCUGUAAACACUCAAAUGUCGUGUGUCCUCUGUGAAAGAUCAGGGGAUUCAAUCUGUGCGGUGACAAAAGUCGAGACCGAUCAAACAGCCGCUGUUUGUUUAGCUUGUAAAUCAGUCUGUCGAGAGAAGAGUUGCACUAGAGAGAACUACGUUUUUUAAAUGUCAACCUCACAUCCCACUGUGAUAUUGUACAUGGGUUCAACUUUGAUGUACCAGGUGUGUGUGUGUGUGGCUGUCUGUCGGCCACGUUUUGUGUUUUAUUGAUGAUCUGUUCUUCUUCUGAGUAUUCUGCAGUGGAUAUUUGUCGUGUUUUACGACAGCUUUGGUAAAUCUGUCAUGUUUUUGAUGGAGGGUACUUCUGUGGUGCCGUUGUCGGUGGCUGUCAUAGCAUCAGUCACCUUCCUUCCUCCUAGGUGGUCGAAUAUGCCACAGAAAUUCAUUUGCAAUUUUUAAAUUCAAAAUUGAAUCGUACCACAAUAGGUCUGUAGAAGAAAAGGGAUGUUUUAACAGAAACGUAGAUUCUAUUGAUGCUUUACAAUUAGAGUAAAAAGUGUAAUUACUGUAGUGCCCCAACCACCAACAUGCAUCCUCAAUCCACACUUCAAGGUACUGCUGUUUAGACCUUCGCCUCCAAAUGCGUUUCGUCACACGCCACGUGUUGAUUUGAUGUCUGUGUAGGGGUGUGUGUAUACAACGGUACUGUGCAUGGUGUAAAUCUGCUUGCCAAAAACCUCUCCUCUGUACACUGGUGCCAUGCUUGACAUAGAGGUGUUGUCCCUGUGAUUUGUGUUUUACUGAAAACCAGCCAACAUCUCCAGAUGCAGCGCACAUUGCUGAUAGAGAGCCAAAUGCCACCGUUUUCCUACUUUAUUUGUAAAAUGUCCGUAUGUGACCUAAGCACUACAUUUUCGGAGUUGUUUCAAAGCGCUUACCUUUUUGAAAAAUCCUGAUUUGUUGCCGAAUAUGAAUUACACUGUGACUCGUCUUGAAGUUGCCUUUCUAAUGAUUGUGUCGCAUGAGCUGCUUUGAUGGAGGGUCCUAUUUUAAAGGCAUUGUGUUGCCAGCUGGCUUGAAUGUAAAACUAGGCAGACGUGUAUUUAUUUAUACACAUCUGCCCCCAG